GGGAAAAAAACAGCAAUUUAAAAAAAAAAGCAGUAGAAUGGUUCAGUAAAGUUAGUUCCUGGUGAGAUAGGAGUUUACAGUCCGAAUGGCCUCUGGGAAGAAACUCCUUCUCAACCUCUCCGUUCUCACAGCAUGGCAACGGAGGCGUUUGCCUGACCGUAGCAGCUGGAACAGUCCGAUGCAGGGGUGGAAGGGGUCCCCCAUGAUCUUAUUGGCUCUGGAGUUGCACCUCCUGAAUGUAUAGUUCCUGAAGGGGGGCGAGUGAAGUUCCCAUAGUGCGUUCGGCCGAACGCACUACUCUGCAGAGCCUUCUUGUCCUUGGCAGAGCAGUUUCCCAAACCAAAUUGUAAUAUUUCCGGACAAGAUGCUUCCCACAGCCGCUGAGUAGAAGCACUGGAGGAUCCUCGGAGACACUCUGAAUUUCCUCAAUUGCCUGAGGUGGUAAUAAAGGCGCUGCCUUGCCUUACUCACGAGUGCUGCAGCGUGUGAUGCCCAUGUCAUAUCCUCAGAGAUGUGGACUCCCAGGUAUUUAAAACAGCUCACCCCAUCCACAGUAUCCCCAUUUAUCCUCAAUGGGGAUACUGUAGGUCCUCGGAUGAUGUGCCCUCCUAACUAUUAACGCCUAGAUAGGCACAAAAUGCUGGAGGAACUCAGCGGGACGGGCAGCAUCUGUGGAGAGAAGGCACUGGUCGAGACCCUUCAUCAGGCUCAUACCGACGCUGGACUGUAAAAGUUGCCCAAGGGAAACUUUUUCUCGCUACGAGGUUGUGCUCCUGGUUUGAUCCCACGACCAACCAAGAUUUGCUGCCUCCCAACACGUGGGAGUCUCUCGCAAAGUUAAAGAGGGGAGGGCUUGUUGCAUUGAGAAAGGAGAGGUGAUGUCUCGAGUAGCUGCGUGGUUUAAAGCGGGGAGAAUGAAAGCGCUGGCUCGGGUCUCGGGAGCGGCGCCAGGAACCCGCAUGGACACUGCACACAGGUCACCGGCGAGGCUGGAAUGGACAAAGGAGGCAGCAGGGAUAUCCCGGGCCAGGUCGGCGGCGCCCGCAGCAGCACCGACAGCAGCGCCAGCACCGACACCGCCCGCGGCCAAGAGCUUGAACGAUAUGCCCGGACCCAGCACGCUGAGUAACUUCGUGGAGUUCUUCUGGAGAGACGGGUUCAGCAGAAUACACGACAUACAACUCCAGCACACGAAGCGAUACGGCAAGAUCUUUAAAUCGCACUUCGGACCGCAGUUUGUGGUGUCCAUCGCCGAUCAGGACAUGGUGGCGCAGGUGCUGAGGGCGGAGGGCAAAUCGCCGCAACGGGCCAACAUGGAGUCGUGGCAGGAAUACAGGCAUCUGCGUGGACGGGCCCUGGGUCUUAUAUCUGCGGAGGGCGAGGAGUGGCUGAAGAUGAGGAACGUGCUGAAGCAGCGCAUCAUGAAGCCCAGGGACGUGGCAGUGCUCGCCGAUGGAAUGACGGAGGUCGCCGGCGACCUGAUCAAAAGGAUGCGGCACGUGAAAGAUGGCAGCUCGCAGACCGUGGCCGACGUCAACAACUUGUUCUUCAAGUUCGCGAUGGAAGGUGUGGCCACCAUCCUCUUCGAAGCCCGCCUGGGCUGCCUGGAGAACGAGAUCCGGCAGGAGACCAAGGAGUACAUGGAAGCCCUGGAGCUGAUGUUCAGCAUGUUCAAGACCACCAUGUAUGCGGGGGCCAUCCCCAAGUGGCUCCGGCCUUUCAUUCCCAGACCAUGGGACGAGUUCUGCCGAUCCUGGGACGGACUCUUCCGAUUCAGUGAGGUCCACGUGAACAGGAAGGUGGCUCAGAUGAAGCAGCAGUCGGAGCGAGGAGAAGAGGUCCACGGUGGAUUGUUGGCCCAUCUGUUGGUCAGUCAGGAGAUGACAUUGGAGGAGAUAUAUGCCAACAUGACUGAGCUGCUACUGGCCGGGGUAGAUACGACCUCGUUCACCUUGUCGUGGAGCACCUACCUGUUGGCCAGGUACCCCGAGGUCCAGAGGGCGGUGUACGAGGAGAUCCUGCAGAACCUGGGGCGAGACGCCACGCCAACGGCCCAGGACCUGCACAAACUGCCCCUACUCCGCUGUGUCCUCAAGGAAACACUGAGGAUGUUCCCUGUUCUUCCCGGGAAUGGGCGAAUCACUCAAGAAGACAUGGUUGUCGGAGGAUAUUUCAUCCCAAGCGGGACGCAGCUUGCCCUCUGCCACUACACCACGUCGCACGAUGGCGCGGUGUUCGACCGGCCAGGAGAGUUCCAGCCCUGUCGCUGGAUGCGACGGACCGUCACUGAGCGGGUGGACAACUUCGCCGUCAUCCCCUUCGGCUACGGGGUCCGCAGCUGCGUCGGGCGGAGGAUCGCCGAGCUGGAAAUCUAUCUGGCUCUCGUACAGCUCCUGCAAGCGUUUGAGAUCCAGUUGCCCCCGGAGACGGGGCCUAUACCCGCCAAGACGCACGGCCUACUGGGACCUGGAAAACCCAUUGCCCUGAUGUUUGUGGACAGGAAAUAAUACCCCCCGGCACAGCAGGGGUGAAAGGUCAAAGGCCAGCGCGGCAUUCGAGGGACGCCAUGGAAACCACGCGGCACUACUUUCCGAAGAAGGGCCCUGACCCGAAACGUCACCCAUCCCUUUUCUCCAGAGAUGCUGCCUGACCCGCUGCGUAACUCCAGCAUUUUGUAUCUGCCUUCAGUACCUUUGACAUGUUUAGUUUAGAGAUACGGCACGGAAACAGGCCCUUUGGCCCACCGAAUCCACGCCGACCAGCGAUCUAUAGUAUUCAAGAAGGAACUGCAGAUGCUGGAAGAUCGAAGGUACACAAAUGCUGGAGAAACUCAG